AUGCGAGCUGACCACCUGAAGAAGUCAAGCUAUGAUGGCACCAGAAGGCAAUACUUCAUCCUUCCUCCCAGCGCAAAGACGGAAAUCAACUGGUCCAUGAACUUCGCCUGUGCCGCAGAGGUAAAGAGCCAGGAUGCAGGAAUAUGGCCAGGACACAUAGGAGCUGCGAAUCCUCCGCUGCCAGCUAGAAAACCCACGCCCCCGAAGAGACUGGAGAUCACCCAGGCCGCUACCGCCGCCAACGCUGCCAAAGCCGCCACUAGUGCUGCCGUCGCUGCUGCUGCUGAUGCAAACCGAGGCCACGCUACUACUCGUGUUCCCAACGCCAAAACCACCAGACCUGACCGUGAGCACCCACCAGAUGAUUCAGUUAAGACUGCUCCUCACUCAGGUCAGGUUUACCUACCAAAUUACAACCCACAUCAGCCUUUAAUUCUAACCUGGCAGGUUCUUGGUCCUAGUUUGGAUCAGGUUUUGUUCACCACUUCCAAAAUAGCACCACCAGGGACAUGGUGGCCUGACCUAGCUUUCUGCCUCAAACAGAUUAUCCCCACUUCCAUUCCCCCUAAUCAAGUAAGAAGCUAUGGGUUUUACUGCUGCCCAGAGCACAAUAAGCAGACUAUAUGUGGGGGGCCAGCCUCACAUUAUUGUGCUAAAUGGAGUUGUGUUUCUUCCAAUGACGGUGAUUGGAAAUGGGACAGCGAAUAUACUCAUGACAGGGCUACCUUUUCUUUUGAAAACUCUGGGCCAGGGAGGUAUGUCAUAAUGGAACCAUAUAGAAGGCUUGACUGUCGCCCUGCUGAUUUAGAUAGAAUUCGGAUCAAAUUUACAGACACUGGUAAAAAUUAUGAUACCCAGGCAUGGAUGAGGGGCAUGAGAUGGGGGGUAGUUUUUAAUGACUAUAAUAACAAGCCAGGAUCAUCAGUCAUGGUUCGCUUAAGCCUCAGUAGCCCCCCAGCCCAACCUGUAGGUCCUAAUGUCCUAGCUAAAGAACCUCCCUCCACUUCAAAUACUCCCAUACCCCCGGACACUGAAAAUCGUCUGUUUAGCUUAAUACAAGGGGCAUUCCUGGUCCUGAAUCGUACCAAUCCUAACGUUACUCAGUCUUGUUGGUUGUGCUAUGCCUCUAGCCCCCCAUAUUAUGAAGGUAUUGCUCAGACCAGGGGUUACAACAAAACAACAGACUCCUCUCAAUGCCCUUGGGGGGAAAACAGAAAGUUAACCCUAACAGCAGUCUCAGGAAGUGGACUUUGUUUAGGCCAGGUACCUCAUGAUAAACAACACCUUUGUAAUCAAACACAAACCGUCCAACCUAUGGAAGGUAAUCAGUAUCUAGUACCCCCCCUAGACACAGCAUGGGCCUGCAACACUGGUCUCACUCCUUGUGUAUCAACUUCUGUUUUCAAUACUUCCAAAGAUUACUGUAUUUUGGUUCAACUUGUUCCUAGACUCCUAUAUCAUGAUGAUAGCUCUUUUGUAGAUGAGUUUGAUCACCGAGGUCGCUGGAAGAGAGAACCUAUCACCUUGACCUUUGCGGUGCUCAUGGGACUGGGGAUAGCGGCUGGAGUUGGUACGGGUACCGCUGCAUUAAUUCAGACCCCCCAAUAUUAUGAGGAAUUACGAGCAGCUAUGGAUACUGACCUUAGAUCCAUAGAACAAUCUAUAACUAAACUAGAAGAGUCUUUAACCUCCCUGUCUGAAGUGGUCUUACAAAAUAGAAGGGGACUAGAUUUAUUAUUCCUCAAGGAAGGAGGACUCUGUGCUGCUCUAAAGGAAGAAUGUUGUUUUUAUGUUGAUCAUUCUGGAGUGAUCAAAGAUUCAAUGGCUAAACUUAGAGAGCGCUUAGAUAUACGGAAAAAAGAAAGAGAAGACAGACAGGGAUGGUUUGAAAGUUGGUUUAAUAAGUCCCCAUGGUUAACCACUCUCCUCUCUACUUUAGUUGGGCCCAUUAUAAUUCUUAUGCUUCUACUUACUUUCGGGCCAUGUAUACUCAAUAGGCUGGUGGCUUUUAUAAAAGAAAGAGUGAGUGCUGUUCAGGUACUGGUCCUGCGACAACAGUACCAAGAGCUACAAUGGGAUGAACAAUGGCUCUAA